GGCGGGGCCGCGCGCUCGCCGGUGCCGCAAAGCCUGCCGGGAAGGAUGUGAGUCCGCCGGGCUGGAAGCCGCACCGGUCGAGCCAGGGCUGCGCGCGCAGGUUGGGCGAUGGCCACCAUGCUGUACCCCCGGGAGGAGAAGCUGGAGAAGAUGAGCCAGGAUGAGAUCGUGCUGGGAACCAAGGCCGUGGUCCAAGGCCUGGAGACCCUGCGCAGCGAGCACCACUCCCUCCUGGCGGCUUUGCUGGAGACCGUCAGCCGGCUGGAGCAGCAGCCGCAACAGCAGCACGAAAACUGCGCCGCCCAGGAGAAGGCCCUGCUCCUGAGGAAGUCUCUAGAGGCCAUCGAGCUGGGCCUCGGAGAAGCCCAGGUGAUCAUCGCCCUCUCCAGUCACCUGAGCGCCGUGGAAUCGGAGAAGCAGAAGCUCCGGGCGCAGGUGCGGCGCCUGGUGCAGGAAAACCAGUGGUUGCGGGACGAGCUGGCCGCCACCCAGCAUAAGCUGCAGCGGAGCGAGCAGUCGGUGGCGCAGCUGGAAGAGGAGAAGAAGCACCUGGAAUUCAUGAACCAGAUUAAGAAAUUCGACGAAGACGUCUCCCCUUCGGAUGAGAAAAACGGCGAGGCAGCCAAAGAUACCUUGGAUGAUCUAUUUCCUAAUGACGAUGACCAGGGCCAAGGACCAACCCACCACACCGGAGAGUCGGCAGCCCAGCAGGGCGGCUACGAGAUCCCGGCCCGUCUACGGACCUUGCACAAUCUGGUGAUCCAGUACGCUUCCCAGGGGCGCUACGAAGUGGCCGUCCCGCUCUGCAAGCAGGCUCUGGAAGAUCUCGAGAAAACGUCGGGCCACGAUCACCCCGACGUGGCCACAAUGCUGAAUAUUCUUGCGCUGGUGUACAGAGACCAAAAUAAAUACAAGGAAGCUGCCCACCUUCUCAACGAUGCUUUGGCUAUCCGGGAAAAGACCCUUGGAAAAGACCAUCCGGCUGUGGCUGCAACGCUCAACAACCUGGCCGUGUUGUACGGGAAACGAGGAAAAUAUAAAGAAGCCGAGCCUUUGUGCAAGAGAGCCCUGGAAAUUCGCGAAAAGGUGCUCGGAAAGUACCACCCCGACGUAGCCAAGCAGCUGAAUAACCUGGCGCUCCUUUGCCAAAACCAAGGAAAGUACGAGGAAGUCCAGUACUAUUACCAGCGGGCCCUGGAGAUCUAUGAAUCGCGCCUGGGCCCCGACAACCCAAACGUAGCCAAGACGAAGAACAACCUGGCCUCUUCUUACAUCAAGCAAGGUAAAUACAAGGAGGCGGAGACCCUCUACAAGGAGAUCCUGACCCAGGCGCACGAGAGGGAAUUCGGAUCGGUCAACGGUGACAAUAAACCCAUCUGGAUGCACGCAGAGGAGCGGGAAGAAUGUAAGGAUAAAUACCGAGAAAACAGCGCCCCUUACAGAGAAUAUGGCAGCUGGUAUAAAGCCUGCAAAGUAGACAGCCUGACUGUCAACGCCACCCUAAAAAGUCUGGGGUCUCUGUAUCGGCGCCAGGGCAAAGUGGAAGCGGCCGAGACCCUGGAAGAAUGCGCCCAGAAAUCACGAAAACAGGGCAUGGAUGCUUUCAACCAGAGCAAAAUCGUGGAACUUCUAAAGGACGGGAACCGUGCCGAACAGCGACCGAAACGCGAUGGGGCUCCCGGCAGCAGGAAGUGCGAGAACGAGAAUGAAUCAGAAGAAGGAGUAGCCGAAUGGUCUGGGGUGGGCUCCGGAGCUCUGCGCCGCAGCGGCUCUUUCGGGAAACUGCGCGACGCUUUGCGACGGAGCAGCGAGAUGCUGGUUAAGAAACUUCAAGGGAGCAGCCCUCAAGAACCGAGGAAUCCCAGGAUUAAAAGGGCCAGUUCGCUCAACUUCCUGAACAAAAGCGUAGAAGAAGAGCCCAGCCAGAGCUCCGGCAACCUCUGCGACAGCCGAGGGUUAAGCACCAGCAACGUCGACCUGCCACGUCGAAGGUCCCUGAUGGCAUGAUGUCCCCCCGCCCUCCAUGGCUCGGGCUGGGUCAGAGGGGGUGGGGGGGAGCCCCCCGGAAAUCCGGACCACAUCAGGGCUGCUUCGAGCUUCUGCCUUGGAACCUCAUCCUCUCCGCAAAUUCCCCUCUAUCCUGCUGGCAUAGAGCUCCCGCCAUUGCAGCUCUGAGGGCAGAGCGGUAUCUCACUUUUCGGCGUCGCGGGCACCCUCACAAGCACGCCAUCGCCACCCCUCCCCGUCCACAUCCGAGGUCUUCCUCUCCCCCCCCCCCGUCCUUCCCCAGCAUGUUGCCACCGCGGCUCUCGUCCUCAACCCAGGCUACCGAAUGCCACCGUUCGACCACCCGCCUCUAAAUCCCAGAUUAAGGCAGGAUGUCUCAAGACAUUGGCACAACACACCGUGAACUGCAUCUUGUUGGGGGGUGGGGGGAGGCAAGGGACCCCCCCCCUCCCCAAAGCUGCAUGAUUUGUCAAGGCCUCUUCCCGGGAACGUGGUGAGAUUGGAGCGAUCGAGUCCGGGGGAAAAAAAUUACAAUAUAAUUUCCCAAGGUUCUGGCGGACGUCUUUUUGCUCCCGGUUCUCGCAAAAUGAUCUCGACUAGCUAGGUCAGUUUUUUUUUUUUUUUUUUGGAAACCCACCUUAAUUGGUUCAUCUGCAAAGAAAGAAUAAAUAAAUAGGCUUAAGAGACUCUCGAACGGCUCUCUUGCCACCGUUUGCGAUUGGUGGAUCCUUUCUGUUACAGGAUCUGUUGUGCCGGGCCUCAGGAAGAGAGAGAUCGCACCCAGACCACCCCUCUACUCUCUCGAAAUCCCUUCUCCUCAAUCAAUCUGCACUGGAUUUAUUUAUUUUUAUUUUUAUUUGGGGGGGACUUGCCUGGAUGACGAUAUCUAUCGCUCCUUGCGGCCUCUUUCAUUCAGGGGCUCGCUUACCGACGGGAUAACCCCCUGCUGUGUCUGUGCAAACGUUCCGAUCUCGUUUUUCCUCUUGUCUCCCCUCCAGAUUUGGGUGCCAGGAAGCCUCUCGCCUGAGCCAGAUGGAUUAUUAACCAAAUUCCCACUGGCUCUCAUCUUAAGGGGAGGGACGGUAGAUACCCCUCCCCGCUUCCCUGCUCGGGAGCGAUGCAUAGAGGGCUACCACCCCUUCACCCUAAAACCGUGAUGGCGAAGCCAUGUCGCCCAGCACACGUGGCCUUGCCUGUUCGUCUCCUGGGUUUCUGGCGCGCAUCUGCGCGCGACGAUCAGCUGUCCUUCGCGCUAGCGGCAGUGCCGAAAACUGGUCUGCCCAUCCAGCUGAUCGUUGGGUGCGCAUCUGUGCCAGAACCUGGAAGUUCGUCCGUGCAGCAAUGCCAAAAACUAGCCUGAGUGUGCGUCCCGGACAGCUAGCUGAUCAUCGGGUGUGCGUGCACACUAGAACCCCUUCUUAGCAAGAUAGAACAACGAGUUUCCCCUCUCCUCCCGCGUCUCGCUGGUGCGUCCAUUCAAUAAAAAAAAAAAAAACACCCACCGCCGUCAUAAAUAGCUAAGGAUUUUAAGCCAAAGGCGGGAAGAAAAAUGGGCUUGAGCAGAUCCAAUUUCCGAAUGGGUUUCCUCUCCCUAUUCUUCCCUCGUCGCCCUCGUUCGAGACGGAGAACUCUUCCAAACGGCGUAUUUAUAUUAAGAUGUCGUUUCUCUAUUCUGAUGUGUCCCGUGGGGGUGGGGGGCUGAUGGAGGGGAGAGAAAAAAAACCCUCUUUUUUUUUCUUCUUUUUUUGGACCAUUGCAAACGCAGGGAGCCUGCCUCCCAUUUCAAAUUUUGCUUUGUGGCCGAAAAAAAAUCAAAAACGCUAUUUGGCAAAACCAAUCCAAGCGGGACAGAAGCCCACCCAAUCUAAGCCCCUCUUAAUUCAGAGGUCUCCAACCUUGGCAACUUUUAAGACUUGUGGACUUCAGCUCCCAGAAUUCCUCAGCCAGCUUUGCUCAGCUUUGAACAAGUCUUAAAGUUGCCAAGGUUGGAGACCCCUGCUCUAAUUGCAGACCCGUAGGGAGGACGGUUCAGUAAUUUUUCAGUUUAUUUUUUUUUAAUUUCAAACCCCCCCCCCCACUUCCCCACUUCCCGGGAUUUCAAAACGGGCAGGGCCCCGGUACCUUAUAUCGCCUAAAAUCUUGCGUGCGUGUUUUUGCGUGUUUGCGGGCACACGGGGGGGGGGGUCUGUGUGCGGAGAAGAAGUU